CAGCUCCCCAACAGUUCCCGCCUCAUCAUCAUUCCUUCCUUUUGUUGCGACCUUGGGUCCAUCUACUACCGGCAGCUAGAUGUGCUGUGAUGCUAUUCCUCAUUGCAACAAAGGGAACCAAACUCCAGGAUCAUGUCCUGGCUACUAUGGACCUGAUCCUAGCUAACUAUGAAGGAUCCACGCUACUGGUAGUGGGGUUAGUGAAGGUAGUCUAGAUCAAGGGACAUUCUUCCAAUUCCUUGGCAAUCUUUGUGGAUCUACGCGUGCCCUUUGAUUUUCACCACAGAUUUGGGACAACAUCAUCGCAAGCCGCAGCCACUAUCAUGUCGGUUCCUUGAGUUUGCAGGACAGUGGUUUGAAACCUCUCCACGGGAAUCCUCCUCGAAAUAUUGAUGGCCAAGUGAGACUAAACCUGGCGAUUCUAUCUCUGAGAAGAAAAUCUGACCGGUGGUUCUCCUGCAUGAUUCGCUACAUGGCUGUGUUGUUUUUAUUCUGUUGUCAUUUCCAAUUACAUUCCGGACGUAGACUCUGGCUGCAGCGUUCAGUUGCUGUUUGCAAGAAUCUUUGGACUUAGCAUGUUGCUCUUUUACACCUCCCAGCUGCCGCCAUAGUCAUGGGCAUGCUGCGCACCAGCUCCCAAUGGUUUUAAUCCUCUCAUCCCAGGAGUACGGUUACCGGUAGUCCACGUCCUGCCCUGGUACAAUCUACAACAGUUACUUUUUUGCGGCUUCUCCUAAACAUUCCCUCGACCGAUCCAUUCAACCACCCCUUAAACCUGGAUAACGUCUGGAGAUUGAAGACUCCACAUGCAUGGAGUUGCGGGAAAUCCUGUUUUCCGUGCUUGCAGGAUCAAUUUCAUUUUUGAGAAGAUGACUGAAACUUGAAGAAUGCGGAAGGCAAAAUCUAGCUAGAGAAGGCUCCACGCAAAAUGACGUGCUUUGUAGCAAAACUCAAAAUCGAAGAUCAAACUCGCAGUUUGACAAAAAGGAAAUGCACUACCUCUAGAGUAAAAGCCCAUUCUCCGCAACUCCGUUUGGUUUGAGAAGCCUCACUGCCAUCCAGGUUUGCCAGAACUGGCUUCUCGUUUAUUAGCGCGUCCCGCCACCCCCACUACAGAAAAAAAGAAAAAGCUGUGUGAGCGGACGCUCUCUUGCACAGCACAACGCACCGAAAUGUGAUCCAUAGAACUUCCUCUGGACCAAACACUCCAUCAAACACAGACACAAAAAGAGCUCAAAGAUUUUUAGUGAGAUCACCAUGAAAUCUGCUGUGCCCAACAUGGGAAAGACCCUUGGUCCAAAGGAAGAUCUGCCAGAGAAAAAGGAGUACACAGAUUCAAGUUCGGACGAGUCCGAACCUGCUGCCAUGCCAGUGCCAGUGGCCCCAACCAAGACAGUUGGAGCCUCUGGUAAUGAGAGUGUGGUGGAAACCAAGAAAACUGUCGAGAGUUUGCAGGAGCGAGGCAAAAUUCCAAGCAGUUUCUUCGUUACAGUCCUGAUCAUUAUUCUGAAUCAAGCAAGCAGUGGCAUAUACAGCAUCGAAUCUCUGCAGAAUUGUUGGUCUUCUGUCACCACUUCUUUGCAAAUGAUGAAUAACGUUCUGGAGUAUACAAAAGAUCUGAUGACCUCGGUCUAUGAGGGGAAUCUUCGAGGCACAAAAGAAUACCUCAUCGCAGCAGGGGUCACUGCAGUUGUGGCAUCCUGGAUUUGUGUUUUUGUUUGGGUUCCUUUUCGAGCGGGAGUGUGGACACACAGAGCAAUCAGGCAUAAAGUGCACCGUUACAUGGGACUUCUAUUCAUUAUACAAUAUGCUCUAGCCGUUGUGGAGUUCAUGACAGACUAUAAGAACGAUGGCACACUGAGCCUGUUGACCAACUCGCUGGCAAUCAAUGGCAUUGUACAAGCAUAUUCAGCCUACUUUUCCUUCAGGGUUCUGCCCAAAGGCGAGGAUGCAGGGUACUACUCGGACAAAGGAGUCUUAACCAGAGAUUUUGUUCAUGAGAACGUCUACUUUCAGUUGUUGUGCUUUAUGGCCUCAACAUACUAUGAUAGUGGCCGACGUGAGUGUAUGAGAUCCAAUCUACCCGGGAAGCUCGCCGAAUUGUUGUAUGUCUUCUUUCCAUAUGUGUUGAUUCGCCCAUUCUUCCCGCUGACAAGCUUUAGCAAGUCAACAUCCCGGCAGAAGAAUUCCCGCUCAUCAGACUUGGAACGCUUCUACCAAAUUGGAACAAGAAUGGUCAAGAUCUUUUAUUUGUGGGCAAAGUACUUUCUUGGCUUUCACAUCCAGUAUAUGAUAUAUCUGGACCUUAUUGAGCCACAAAAUAUGAAGAUUGUCCAUGGUGUAUUCCUUCUCAAUCUGGGAACAUGCUCCCUUGGAGUGUUUCUUCACACACUUCGAUUCAAGAAGAUUCUCCCUCCCUUGUUCACAUUCUCUUUGUACCUGUUUCUAAUCUAUGCCACAUUUUCGGCAGUGCCCUAUGUUCUCAAUCUUUUUGUGAUGCAUCCGAAGCUGUGCCUGGUCACCUUGGCAGGAUUCCUCCUCAACUUUACACGGAACCGAAAGAUUCAUGCUGUUUGGUGUUUUGGAUCUAUGCUGUUGCUGGAAUAUGGUGAUAUUGAUUGGUAACAAUGAAUCAGCGUUGCUGUCGAAAUAGUUCCUGUGUUUUGCAUUUUUAAGGAUUGUUUGUGUUUUCAGAAGACGCAGCAAGCAACGUCUGGAGUGGGUGGGGUUUGCUGGCUUGUGAGUUUAUCGUUUGGCCUCUAGAGGUCUGGCUUAGUAGAAGGCUUUGAAACAGAGGUAGUGUCUUGCUUCAGGAAGUGCGAUCCGUACCUUCAGGUUGCAGCUUAGGAGUGUGUAGUGUAGAAGAAAGUUGAAUGGGGUACUGGGGGAGCAAAGCUGGAUCCCCAUCCAAGUUGGACCUCCAUCCAAUCAUCAAUACAUGGAGGUGGUAAGGCAAACACUUCAUCAACUAGCGUCGAAGGGAACAACCGGCGUUCCUAUGGGUUAGAGAGGGAACUAUGGGAGAGGAUGGGUUGCAGAGAGGGGGGGGGGGC